AUGAGUACGAUCCAAUCAAGUUUCUUGAUUGCUACAAUUUUGAUGCUAUUAUUGUUAGAUUUUACCGUCGAUGCUCAAUCUAGUGCCGAUGUUGUUUUUCCUUUGAAAAAAUAUGGUAACAUAGUGUCUGGUACUGACAUCACGAAGGCUUUAGCAAAUGCAUGGAAGGAUGCAUGCACGUCCAAUCGUUCUAGUGCGAUUGUUAUUCCAGGAGGGAUAUUUAAAGUAAAGGAAGGGAUAUUUAAAGGACCUUGUGAAGGAGUUUUUGAUGGCCAAGGAAAGGCAGCUUGGAAAAAGAAUGAUUGCCAUAAACGCAUAAAUUAUUUUACCGUCGAUGCUCAAUCUAGUGCCGAUGUUGUUUUUCCUUUGAAAAAAUAUGGUAACAUAGUGUCUGGUACUGACAUCACGAAGGCUUUAGCAAAUGCAUGGAAGGAUGCAUGCACGUCCAAUCGUUCUAGUGCGAUUGUUAUUCCAGGAGGGAUAUUUAAAGUGAAGGAGUUUUUGAUGGCCAAGGAAAGGCAGCUUGGAAAAAGAAUGAUUGCCAUAAACGCAUAA